AACAGCCAAGGCGGUUUCGCUGACCCUUCUUUCUCUUUGCCCUAUUGCCGGAUCCCGUCUCUCUGCAACACGAAAGCUUUUCAAAACCCUAAGAUUUUCCUCUGUUCCCUCAAGAGCUCAAGUUGUAGCUUCAUGUACAGGGUUCAAGCUCCCAUGGACCCUGAUAAUGGAGUGCGAGGGACACCUCAGUCUCUCUCAACGGAGAUUCUGUCACUUUUUACUGAAGGCAUAAGCCUCAUCCUCUCGAGAUGGACUGCUCUUCAAAUGGCCGUCGAGAAUGAAUGGGGUGGUCGAACUUCUCGCCAAAAGUUUCAGCAAUUGUCGACUGAUAUUGUUUCCUGGUUCUCCCAAUCCAAUGCCCCACUCUACAUUGAUGACUUGGAAAUGAUGCUUGAUGAGACUAUGGUGCUCUCAUUCAGUUCAGAGAUUGAAGAUGGCAGCAUUGAGGAGGUGGCAGAGCAACUGAUGAUUUUGCACGAAGAAUGUCUUAAAGGUAACUUUGAGACAUUAUAUCAACUGAGGGCUUCUAGCCCUGCAACUCAAGCAGUUUCACAGAGUAGAAAGGUCUCCAGCGAAGAAGGGUCUGAUUAUAGCACAGAUGAUGAGCAGGAGCCUGCUUCUGAUAUGGCUUUGGACAUUGAGCCGGAACAAAUGGCUGUCAACCCAGUCAAUAGCAAGAGCUCCUCAAAGGUGGUUCAGCUUUCUAGUGAGGAAAUUGCAGAGGGGUGGGCUCCAGUUACUUCAAGGAGAAACAGGGGAAAGAGAUCAGCCUGAUGCUUAUACUUAUCAAUAGGUACAAGUUUUGCUGUGUAAAAUGAGAGUUGUUUUCCACCUUUAGUUUAUAUGUUGGAUGAGUGGCCAUCGUUCGGAAGAGAAUCGUGAAUUUUCUCAUUUGUCCGUUGCUUGAUUCUCUUCUAUGUAUGUUUCUUUCAUUUUCAUCUUAUGAUUAAUUAGUGGCUUUGCGAUAAAAGGAGUUGUUAUCGUCCCAACCCCAACCUUUUCCCACCAUUUACCUUUGGUGAGGUACAAUCACAAUUGGCUAUUGGAUGUGAAAUCGUGUACUUGAGAUGGUGUUAUUGACCAAGCUCAAAACCUAAAGAGAAUUUUUUCGCA